CUCAGACCAACUGCUGCUUCCCCAGACAGAAGCUCUGGCCGCUGGAAACCUACAUUAAACAGCUUUCUCUGACAGCUCCUCCUCCACAGUCUUUGAUUCCAUCACCAUCAGAAACUUGAGAACCAAGUCUAACCACCCCCACCCCCAGGCAAGGAGCCAAUGAGGGAUCUGGCGGAGGAGAGGCGGCGGUAACUGGCGGCUGUGUGCCGGGCCUGAGGAAACAUGGGGCUGUAUCCGAGGUGGCGGCGGCUCCGGCUCCCAGGGUUACGAGCCUGCGGGGUGCACACGGCAGCUGUGCCGACCCUUCCGCACUGGUUGGCAGAGCGGCUUGGCCUCUUCGAGGAGCUCUGGGCCGCCCAGGUGAAGAGGUUAGCCCGCAGGGCCCAGAAGGAGCGCCGGUCUAUUAAGAUAUCACUUCCCGGAGGCCAGCAAGUGGACGCUGUGGCGUGGAACACAACCCCUUACCAAAUAGCCCAGCAGAUCAGUUCAACACUGGCAGAUACUGCAGUGGUGGCUCAAGUGAAUGGAGAACCCUAUGAUCUGGAGCGGCCCCUGGAGACAGACUGUGACCUCAGGUUUCUGACUUUUGCUUCUGCAGAGGGGAAAGCAGUGUUCUGGCACUCCAGCGCCCAUGUCCUGGGGGCAGCAGCUGAACACCAACUAGGUGCUAUCCUCUGCCGAGGUCCCAGUACAGAGUGUGGCUUCUACCAUGACUUCUUCCUGGAAAAGCAGCGGACAGUCCGGGGCUCGGAGCUGCCUGUCUUGGAGCGCCUCUGCCAGGAAUUUGCAGCUGCUGCUCAACCCUUCCGGAGGCUAGAGGUUUCCCGGGAGCAGCUUUGUCAACUCUUCAAGGAUAACCCCUUCAAGCUCCGCGUGAUCGAGGAGAAGGUGACAGGUCCGGCAGCCACAGUAUAUGGGUGUGGCAUGUCGGUUGAUCUUUGCCGGGGCCCCCACCUUCGCCAUACUGGACAGAUCGGAGGACUGAAGCUAUUAACAAAUUCGUCAGCCUUAUGGAGGUCUUCAGGCAGCCCAGAGCCGCUGCAGAGAGUGGCGGGGAUUUCCUUCCCCACGGCAGAGGAGCUGAGGGCCUGGGAAGAACAGAGGGAGGAAGCAGAGUUACGGGACCACCGGCGCAUUGGGAAGGAGCAGGAGCUCUUCUUCUUCCAUGAACUGAGCCCUGGGAGCUGCUUCUUCCUGCCUCGCGGGACAAGAGUGUAUAACGCACUGGUGGCUUUCAUCAGGGCCGAGUACACCCGCCGUGGCUUCUCAGAGGUGAAAACCCCCACGCUGUUUUCCACAAAACUGUGGGAACUGUCGGGGCACUGGGCGCACUACCAGGAAGACAUGUUUGCCCUGCAACCCCCGGGCUCUGACAGGCCUGCUGGCCAGCCCACAGACACACUGGCCCUCAAGCCCAUGAACUGCCCUGCGCACUGCCUGAUGUUCGCCCACCGGCCCAGAUCCUGGCGAGAGCUGCCCCUGCGACUGGCAGACUUCGGGGCCCUGCAUCGGGCUGAGGCCUCAGGCAGUCUGGGGGGCCUGACCCGGCUGCGGUGCUUCCAGCAGGACGACGCACACAUCUUCUGUGCCCUGGACCAGCUGGAAGCGGAGAUCCGGGACUGUCUCGAUUUCCUCCGCUCUGUCUACGCUGUCCUUGGCUUCUCCUUCCGCCUGGCACUGUCCACCCGGCCAUCUGGCUUCCUGGGAGAGCCUCGCCUUUGGGACCAAGCUGAGCAGGUGCUUCAGCGGGCCCUGGAAGAAUUCGGAGAACCCUGGGACCUCAACCCGGGAGAGGGUGCCUUCUAUGGGCCUAAAAUUGACGUGCAUCUGCAUGACGCCCUGGGUCGGCCCCAUCAGUGCGGGACAGUCCAGCUCGACUUCCAGCUGCCCCUGAGGUUUGACCUCCAGUACAAGGGGCAGGCGGGGGCCCCAGAGCGGCCGGUCCUCAUUCACCGAGCGGUGCUGGGCUCCGUGGAGAGGAUGCUGGGCGUGCUGGCCGAGAGCUGCGGGGGGAGAUGGCCCCUGUGGCUGUCCCCGUUCCAGGUGGCGGUCAUCCCAGUGGGCACCGAGCAAGAGGGAUACGCCAGGGAGGUAUGGCAGAGCCUGAAGGCCGCGGGACUGGCCGCGGACCUGGACGCCGACUCUGGACUCACCCUCAGCCGCAGAGUCCGCCGGGCCCAGGUCACCCACUACAACUUUCAGUUUGAACCACUUUCUCUCGGCGUCGGGAAUGCUCUCCUGCCAUCCAUCACAUUCCUCUCGGAGCUCUCAGGAGGAUUCAGGGUGAGUUUGGGAGGAGCUGCUGCCAGAGGAGGAGCAGCUGGGACUGAGUCACGGCAAGGCAGGAAGCUGAGGAGGGCGGGAGAUGGCCGUAUAAAGACGGAGCAGGAACCGGCCCUGAGCUGCACAACAGCAGCAGCAACCGGAGAAGCAGGCUCCAGCAGCCCAGCCCUCUGCCCGAGGACGCGCUCCGAGCCGCCACUGACCAGCCCUCGCCCUGCGAUGGGGGCCGUGCCCAGAGCAGCUGUGCUCCUGGCCUGCUUGGCUAUUGUCUCGGCAACCCCCGAGGGCGGUGAGUCAGGUGGGGGUCGGCACUGGGGAAGGGGUUCUGGCCAGCGUGGGCGCGGGCCUGGUCAGCCACCCCGAGAGGCUGUCACCCGCAGGGCGAUUCUCCAUUCGGCCUGUUUCUGAGCAGGCCCCAGAGGACCCGGGGCGUGGGCGCCUUUAACCAGAGGGCACAGGGCACAGAGGAGAGGGGUUCCUGGAGAUGCCGCCAAGACCACAAAAUUGCAGUCAGAUGGACAACAAUGGGGGGGAGGGGUGGCUUCACAGGUGGGGGCCUCUGCCUGAAGACCACCUGUAUGUGGGGCCUAUAAGGAGGCCCCCCCCGCCGCCCCGGAGCUGCUCAGAACUGUUUUGCUGACCCGUGACUGACUCCCUGCCUGGUUAGGGGAGGAGUUGAGGUGUCCAUCCUCUGGGGCCGCUCGCAGCCACCCUAGACCUAGCGCGCGCUCUGCAGCUGAGGCUCCGGAGCUGAGCGCAGCUGAGGGACCUGUGGGGCCAGCCACAAAGUCUGCCAACCCCGCCAGUUAUCCCCUGGGGCGACUCCUUUCCUGGGGCUCUAGACUGACACGGAAUCCUGAAUCAUCCCCGGCCCCCCAGGUAGUAGAUUCAGACCCCACUGAGGAGGAUCCAGGACUAGCUGAAGGGCCGCCUCAGCCUGCGGGCGGCUCCUGCUCUGAAAGCCCAAGGUGCUCAAAACACCUGCAGCAGAGGGGGGGGUGGCCGGUGGCGCUCCCGCAGCUCAGGUGCACUUUCUUCUGAAGCUUCCGAGCUGAGAGGCUGG